AUGUUUUUGAAAGCUUAUGUUCAAAGUCAAUUACGUUUGUAUCUGGACAAAGACGGAUUAAUACGAUGUGGUGGACGCAUUAAUAACGCACCACUUCCAGAGAAUGCAAAAUUUCCGUAUUUAAUACCAACAAAGCAUAGAUUAACAAAUUUACUUAUAAAUGAUAUUCACAUUGAAAAUUUACAUUCCGGCAUAGGAUCUACCGUAACUUAUUUGAGGCAGAAAUAUUGGAUACCUUCAGCACAACAAGAAGUUGGAUGCGUAAUUCGAAAAUGCGUAAGUUGUCGAAAAGUAACAGGAGUUGCAUACAAAGCACAAGAUCCUCCACCUCUACCAAAAGAUAAAUUAUCGUCCGAAGAACCAUUUACUAUAUCAGGCGUCGAUUUCAGUGGGGCGCUUAACAUCAAAGGAGACGAUGGAGUACUUCGAAAAGUGUAUAUAUGUUUGUUUACAUGUGCCAAUACUCGAGCUAUUCAUCUUGAAAUAGUUCCAGAUAUAGCUGAAAAAUCGUUUAUGCUAGCUUCUCGUAGAUUCAUAAGCAGAAAAUCGAUACCCAGAUUUAUGAUAUCAGAUAAGGCUACAACAUUUGUUGCCGCCGCGGAGGAAAUAUAUGAAACAGACUGUUAUAGUGCCGAUUUAACAACCAAUCAUGAAAUUAUGAAUGAUCAAGCGAAAAGGAGAUCCCGUCUUAUUGAACAAUUUUUAGCAAGAUGGAAACACGAGUAUUUGACUUCUUUAAGAGAAUUUCAACGAGUGUCUGGAAAUAACAAUCAAAGUGUAAAACUAGGAGAUGUAGUCAAGAUAUAUGAUGAUAAUUAUCCACGUACGACAUGGAAACUCGGUGUAAUUAAAGAACUAACCUAUCGGAACGAAAACCUUGUGCGAUCUGCGACGGUCCGAACAUCUAACUCUAAAUUAAACAGACCUAUUGUCAAGUUAUAUCCUUUGGAGAUUUGUGAAUCCGACUCAAUUACUACACAGACGCAAAAAUAUCAGCGAAGAGCCAAGACAGAUGCAGUAGAGAAAAUUAAAGUGUUUAAAGCGACAUUUUUCAAUUAUAUUCAAGUGAAGUGA